AUGAAUUUAAUAAAUGAAAAUGAAAUUCAACCUGUAACAACUAUUGAAGGAUUAGAAAAGGAAAAAACACUCAGAACAGAAACACAUAUUGAUUUUUCAUCAGAUACAAACGUGCAUGAAAAUGAAGAUAUCUUUUCAUUGCUUGUUAAAGAUGCACGUGUAGUUGCAAAUAACUCAAUGCGUAUGUUUUUUUUUCUCAUCGAAGAAAUAGAUUUCGUUAUAUUUUUAGCAAGUGAUGGUUCGAAGAGUCAAAAAAGAUUAUUGGAUAAAGAUUUUGAUAUAAUUGAAAAUGAGAAUUUAUUGGGUUCAUCCAACUACGUAUCCUACACCGAUUUUAUGAUCUUGAAAAAACGAUGUCUUGAUUUGGAAUCUCGAGUAGAAAAAUUAGAAAACGAACGGUUACGUACGUAAUGUUUAUUAUUAAAUCAUUUUGUUUUUCUUGAAAUAGAAUCCUGGUGCUAGGAAUAGGUAUUUUCAAAAAAUUACUUAGAUUGCUUCAGUUUUAAAAUAAUGUAAGACUUUGAAACAUGGUCAUCGUUUUCAUAAAAAUCGUGUUAGCUGUGACUUUUUUUUAUUUUGAAAAAAGAGUAUUAUUCUUGUUAAUAAUGUAGUUUGUUUUUUAUAUGAGAAACUCCUUAACAUAUAAGUAAAAAAAGGGUAUCAUUUUAAAGAAUUGUACAGUACCUGUGUUAAAUACUACGUUGACUUAUGUAAGAAUCUCCCCAGGUGUUCAAGUUGUUUAGACUUUAUCUUUUGUUUCUAAGUAGACAGCAAUGAGAUGUGAAAAAGGUGAAAAGAACUCAUUCUUUUGAACCUUUGUUUUCGGGAUGUCAAAGUUUUUAUAGUCGCAUCAUACAAAACUAAAGACUUUUAGCAAGACAGUAUUUUUUACCUUUGAUCUGAAACUUCGUACACGCUAAGAUCGCAAUUAGACUAGGUGGUGUACAAAAUUUAUAUUUUUCAAACUUAGUUUUUAUAAUAUGUGAAUUUUUUAACAUAUUGUCUUUGUGCCACGCAUAGUAUAGAAAAUAUAAAUAUUUAGUAAAUCUUAUACUUGGUAGAAACUAGAUUCGAAAAGUUUGAAUUUUUAUGCAGAAUCUAGCCUAGUUAAAGCCUUAUUGUGUGCGAGAUUUCAGAACAAACUUUCAAACUAUUGCCUUGCUGUAAGUCUUGAGUUUCUUAUGAUGGAAUUCAUAAAAAUUCAAUGACUCUGAAAUGAUGGCUUGAAAGAACAAAUCCCUUUCACCUUUUUCAUACUUUAUUGAGGUCUAUUUAUGAUAAAAAGAUGAAGUCUAAACGACUUGAAUACGUGAGAAGGUUCCC